GGGUAGGGCGGGGCGGGAGGCGCCGCGGGGAUCCCGGGGCUGCCGAGGGCCCCUGACUCUGUUCACCCUGGGAACAUGGACCGAAUGGCCAGCUCCAUGAAGCAGGUACCGAACCCGCUGCCCAAAGUAUUGAGCCGGCGUGGGAUUGGUGCUGGGAUGGAGGCUGCGGAGCGCGAGAGCUUCGAGCGGACUCAGACUGUCAGCGUCAAUAAAGCCAUUAAUACGCAGGAAGUGGCCGUGAAGGAAAAACAUGCCAGGACCUGCAUCCUGGGCACCCACCAUGAGAAAGGGGCGCAGACAUUUUGGUCCGUGGUUAAUCGGCUGCCCCUGUCCAGCAACGCCAUGCUGUGCUGGAAGUUCUGCCACGUCUUCCACAAACUCCUCCGCGACGGACAUCCAAACGUGCUAAAAGACUCUCUGAGAUACAAAAAUGAAUUGAGCGACAUGAGCAGGAUGUGGGGCCACCUGAGCGAGGGGUACGGACAGCUGUGCAGCAUCUACCUCAAACUGCUAAGAACAAGAAUGGAGUACCACACCAAAAAUCCCAGGUUCCCCGGCAACCUCCAGAUGAGUGACCGGCAGCUGGAUGAGGCCGGAGAAAGUGAUGUCAACAACUUUUUUCAGCUCACAGUGGAGAUGUUUGAUUACCUGGAGUGUGAACUGAACCUCUUCCAAACUGUGUUCAACUCCUUGGAUAUGUCCCGCUCGGUGUCUGUGACCACAGCCGGGCAGUGCCGCCUCGCACCGCUGAUCCAGGUCAUCCUGGACUGCAGUCACCUCUACGACUACACUGUCAAGCUGCUCUUCAAGCUCCACUCCUGUCUUCCGGCUGACACCCUGCAGGGCCACCGAGACCGCUUCAUGGAGCAGUUCACAAAGUUGAAAGAUCUGUUCCAACGUUCCAGCAAUCUACAGUACUUCAAGCGGCUCAUUCAGAUCCCCCAGUUGCCUGAGAAUCCACCCAACUUCCUCCGCGCCUCAGCCCUGUCAGAGCACAUCAGCCCUGUGGUGGUGAUCCCAGCGGAGGUGUCGUCUCCAGACAGCGAGCCAGUCCUGGAGAAGGAUGACCUCAUGGACAUGGAUGCCUCCCAGCAGAGUUUGUUUGACAACAAGUUUGAUGACAUCUUUGGCAGCUCGUUGAGCAGCGACCCCUUCAAUUUCAACAAUCAAAAUGGCGUGAACAAGGAUGAGAAGGACCACUUGAUUGAACGCCUGUACAGAGAGAUCAGUGGGCUGACAGGACAGCUGGACAGCAUGAAGGCUGAGAGCCAGCGGGCGAUGCUGCAGCUGAAGGGCCGCGUGAGCGAGCUGGAGGCAGAGCUGGCGGAGCAGCAGCACCUGGGGCGGCAGGCUACCGAUGACUGCGAGUUCCUGCGCACCGAGCUGGACGAGCUGAAGAGGCAGCGGGAGGACACGGAGAAAGCACAGCGCAGCCUGACUGAGAUAGAAAGAAAGGCCCAGGCCAAUGAACAGCGGUAUAGCAAGCUAAAAGAGAAGUAUAGUGAGCUGGUUCAGAAUCACGCUGACCUGCUACGGAAGAAUGCAGAGGUUACCAAACAGGUGUCUGUGGCAAGGCAAGCCCAGGUGGAUUUGGAGAGAGAGAAGAAAGAACUAGAAGAUUCCUUUGCCCGUGUAAGUGAGCAGGCCCAGCGGAAGACUCAAGAACAGCAGGAUGUUCUGGAAAACCUGAAGCAUGAAUUAGCCACCAGCAGACAAGAGCUCCAGGUCCUCCACAGCAGCCUGGAGACCUCUGCCCAGUCAGAAGCGAAGUGGCUGACGCAGAUCGCCGAACUGGAGAAGGAACAGGGCAGCUUGGCGACGGCCGCAGCUCAGAGAGAAGUAGAGUUCUCCGCCCUCCGAGACCAGCUGGAAAGCACCCAGAUCAAACUGGCCAGUGCCCAGGAAUCCGUGUGCCAGCAGAUAAAGGACCAGAGGAAAAAACUCUUGGCAGGGUCCAGGAAGGCUGCGGAGCGUGAGAUACAGGAGGCACUGAGCCAACUUGAGGAGCCCGCCCUCAUCAGCUGUGCAGGGUCCACAGAUCACCUUCUCUCCAAAGUCAAGGCUGUGUCUAGCUGCCUCGAGCAACUGGAGAAGAACCACAGCCAGUAUCUGGUCUGCCCAGAAGACAUCAGUGAGCUUCUGCACUCCAUAACCCUGCUUGCCCACUUGACUAGCGACACCAUCAUUCAGGGAAGCGCCACCAGCCUCCGGGCCCCGCCCGAGCCAGCUGACUCUCUAACAGAGGCCUGUAGGCAAUAUGGCAGGGAAACCCUAGCCUUUCUGUCCUCCCUGGAGGAAGAUGAAGCCAUGAAGAAGGCCGACAGCACAGCCAUGAGGAAUUUCCUCAGCAAGAUCAAGGCCAUUGGCGAGGAACUGCUGCCCAGGGGCCUGGACAUCAAACAGGAAGAGCUGGGUGACCUCGUAGACAAGGAGCUGGCCGCCACUUCAGCUGCCAUUGAGGCUGCCACCACCCGGAUAGAGGAAAUACUCAGUAAGUCCCGAGCAGGAGACACGGGAGUCAAGUUGGAGGUGAACGAAAGGAUCCUUGGUUCCUGCACCAGUCUGAUGCAAGCCAUCAAGGUCCUCGUUGUGGCCUCCAAGGACCUCCAGAAGGAGAUCGUGGAAAGUGGCAGGGGUACUGCAUCCCCUAAAGAAUUUUAUGCCAAGAACUCUCGGUGGACAGAAGGACUUAUAUCUGCCUCCAAAGCUGUUGGUUGGGGAGCUACCAUCAUGGUGGAUGCUGCUGAUCUCGUGGUCCAAGGCAAAGGGAAGUUCGAGGAACUGAUGGUGUGUUCACACGAGAUUGCGGCUAGCACAGCCCAGCUUGUGGCUGCAUCCAAGGUGAAAGCUAACAAGGGCAGCCUCAAUCUGACCCAGCUUCAGCAGGCCUCGCGGGGAGUGAACCAGGCCACGGCCGCUGUGGUGGCCUCCACCAUUUCCGGCAAAUCUCAAAUUGAGGAGACAGACAGUAUGGACUUCUCAAGCAUGACACUCACCCAGAUCAAGCGCCAGGAGAUGGAUUCUCAGGUUAGGGUUCUGGAGCUGGAAAAUGACCUGCAGAAGGAGCGUCAAAAGCUAGGAGAGCUUCGGAAGAAACACUAUGAGCUGGCUGGUGUUGCUGAGGGCUGGGAAGAAGGGACAGAAGCAUCGCCUCCUACUGUUCAAGAAGCAACACCUGAAAAAGACUAGAGCCAAGCCAGCGCCCCACACGUCAGAAUGUAAAUCCCUGUUCCCCUUCUGUUUCCGACAGUCCCCACCCUGGCACACCAGGUCCUUGCAGACCUCUCCGUUGACAAAAGCUGAAGCCCAUCGUGUCCCCUCAUGACUCCUCCUCUGUCUGAGUGCAUGAGGAGUCCUUCCCUAUGGCCCUGGCGUAGAGGCAGGCCAGUGUUGGCCGUGAGGAAGCUCAGGUCCACAGAAAAAUAGCGACAUGGCCAACCUCUCCCGCCUGCUCUCUACUUCCUCACCGGUCACGUCCUGCGUAGAGAGGGUUCUUGUCACUGGGAGCGUGGAGAGGGGACAUCUGACACUUGUUCUUUUUCUCCCCACUCCUCAGUCUUUGCAUUUUGUCAUUCGCACAAACUUGUGAGCAUCAGAACUCUGCUGGAUUGCAAACCGGACUGCCAACUGAAUCCACAGUCAGAGGGACGGAACGAGUGUCCUGGCAGAGAGUGCCAGAGCCGUGGCUCCCCCUCCACACUACACUUUUAGCAGUCGGCAGACCCCCCUCCUGCUUAUUAUUAGGUGGCUGUUUGGGUAUUUUGGUUUUAUAUUUUGAAAGUUUCACACAGCCAACUUUCCCAAAAAGGGUUCCUCCCCCCACCCCCAACCCUGAGCUCUGAGCCUUCUGAGAGGAAGCCCCCACACACACCAUGGUGCGGCUCAGGCUACGCCUUGGUGCUCCAUCUCAGCUCUUCUCUCAGCCAAGACCACGCCCCAGAGUGACAGCUCUCCUCUGAAGUCUGAAGCAGAGCUAGUGCCUUUAUUGUCUGACCCCAGGUGCCAUCUCGGGGCCUCUGUCCACCUUCACAAGCCAGGGAACACCAGAGGUUUAAAGAAAAGAAAAAAAAAGAAAAAAUAAAAGGUGCCAGGGGCCCAGCAGUGCAGGGGACGUUUUUCUUAGGAGCUCAUGUGACCAGGUUCACCACCCCAUCACAUGCCGGUAUAGAGCUGGUGUGAACAGCAACACUACAUCCCCCAGAGCGGACGUCUUGUGCCAUGGACCACCUCCCAUCAAACCUAGGCAAGGCCCUAAGAGGGACAAGAGGGAACCAGAAGUGGUUCCUUUUCCAGCCAUCUGCUUCUGCAUCCUACUGAACCAGAUAAAAGAUGGCUCCGUGCGCUACUUAUUCCACAGACCCACUUGCUCCCGUCGGGAAAAGAACUCGGCUCAGGGUAGGACUCUACAUAUUUAUUACUAACUAUCUUCGUGCAGCACCUGCCCAGAGAUGCUUGGAGCAAUCAGGCCCAAGGUGACUGACUAGGCUUGCCCUGUCCAUCAGUCUUCACAGACCACAGAGCAGAGAGCGCCAUCUCUGGUCAUUUCUGGUUUUGGAUUCUAAAGUGGGCAGGUUCCUCACAGAAUAGAGAAGCAGGGAAAAGGAGGAAGGGGACCACCGGCUGACACCGUCUCUGCCACUCCCCACGCUUGCUCCCCUGAAAACAGGAUGGAGACGGAAGGCAUCCCGCCUAGAUACGAGCAGCCAGACAGCAAUUUGCCACUCUCAACAGGAACCGCUGAAUUAAGUGACCUUCUGAUCUGUGGGAUGGAACAGGGAGGCUGCGUCUUCCUUCUUUAUCUGUACUGCUUAGGAGGCAACCAGCGAGCACUUCCUUAAAAACCUGUCCCCUGUGGGACACGGCUCGGCUUUGCUGGGCAAUGGGUUGUGAGACUAAUGUUUGAUCACUGUGAAUCAACCCCCUUCUUGUUCCACCCGCCCCCACUCUGUCCCCGAGUAUUUUCUAAGCUGGCACUCCAGGAACUCCCAGCAACGCAGAUGUCUGCUGAGACACGUGACCUGCAGUAGAACCGGCCCAGUCUGCUGCCAGAAGAAUGUUUCUCUGCUUAGAAUUUCUUGAGUCCAAGGACCAGAACAAGCAAUGUGUGGCAUUGUUGGCCCGUUUGUGCCCAUCAAGCCAAUCCACGUCCUCACCAUAGGUCACUGCAUCGUCAGCCCUUGCUUCUAGCAUCAAAGCACGCACACACGUGUGUCCCAGCAAGAGGAAAUCAAACAGCAAUAGAGCAGGGCUCUCUGAGUGAAUGACACACCUGUCUGAAAAGCCAGUCAUUUCUAAAACCCUAAUAAUUAACCUCUUUCUGAGUAGCAAAACAGUCAAGCGCCCCAGCACGAGGUGAGUCAACAGCUCAAGGGUCCUACCUGCUCAGCGUCGUAUCAGAACUGUUUAAUAUAAUUCAAGUCGGGAAUUGCCUUUCUUUAGCCAGGCUUGGUAGUGCAGACCUGAAAUCUUGGCAUUCAGGAGACUGAGGCAGGAUGAUCCUGAAUUUAAGGACAGCCUGGGCUACAUUCUGAGACCUUGUCUCAAAAAAAAAAAAAAAGAAUUUAAUAAAAAUUGGAUUAUUUAUGUGUGUAUAAACUAUAUAUACUUUUUUUCUUUUGAGACAGGGUCUUACUAAAUAGCCCUGGCUGGCCUUAAAGUAUCUACAUACACCUCAUUGUCCUUGAACUCACCAAGAUGCCCUUUCCUCUGCCUCCUAAGUGUUGGGGUGAAAGGUGUGAGCCAUCUCACUCAGCCUAGACCAUAAUUUGUUGGCUCUGCUGCUACCUAAACAUGAGUCUUUAACCCAAUGGCCGGACAUACCAAACACUGAAAAUUCUUGCAGCCCAGAAAGAACUUCUCAGGCUUUGAAAGCCCUCCUGCGGCUCCGUGGACUAAAGACUGCUGUGUGAGUGUGGACAGAUCCUCGACACGGAACUGGAGGCCUGAAGGGAUAGCUCAGCAGUUCACUUUCUUCCCUUCCAGGGGACCCCAGUUCUGACCCCAGCCCCCACAUCAUGUGCUCCAGAACCACCUCUAGCUCCAACUCUGAGGGAUCGGAUGCCCUCUACUGGUGGCAUGCACAUGCGUUUGAGUAAAAGGGACUCUUAAGAAAAAGUAUUUUUUCAAGACAGAAAUUUGAAAAAAUAAUGACUUGGGUGUGUUGAUAAACUCCAAUCCAGCUGUGUCUCCUGGUUAUCUUGGUGGUGUAGUUUUCUACUGCCUCAAGAUUAAGGAUAUGUCUAUGCAUAGAAGAUCUGCCUUUGUGGGGGUAAUUCAUAUCUGAGCAGGGAAUUUAAAUGACCAUACCAGGCUUGUCAGUACACGCCAGCACUUGGGAGUCUGAGGCAGGAGGAUCAUCAGUUCAGGUCUAACCUGGGCUAUAUACUGAGCCCUUAUCUCAAACAAAUGGUUUGUUGACUGUCCUGCCCACAACCCUGUUCCUAGAAUCCAGUCUAUGUCUGUGCCCUUAACCCAGUAGCUGGGAGAACCAAACACCUCCAGAGUGUCCUGUCUCAGAACGGGUGUGGCUGAUGAGUCAGACACCAGCCUUUAUACCAGGUAUCUUGAGGUCACAAGCACUCGUCACCAUAGUCUGCUGUGACCUCUCACCUUAAGAGUUGGUUCUUAUUUGUGUCUAGGGAAGCUUUUACUUCUUUGUCAGUGACUUGGCUGUAGGAGGGUCUCCCGCACUAUUUAACUCUCAUUUGAGGGGUAGGGGUCGAGAUAGGGUUUCUCUGUGUAGCCCUGGCUGUCCUGAAACUCAUUGUGUAGACUAGCCUCGAGCUUACAGAGAUCCUUGCCGCCACCGCCCGGCAUAACCCUAACUUUUGAUAGCUGGCAAAUGUCACGCCACACUAUUGCCUUUCCAGAUCUCUGAGAACCUAUGGACCCAACACUGACCUGCCAAUAAGAGUGGCCUUGCCAUCUCGGCAUGAUCUUGGAUCAUCCUCCCACCAGAGCGAGCUUUACCUGCUCUUGUUCUUGGAGUCUCCACAUUGACCUUCAGACCAGAGCAGCUUUGCCCUCUCUCCCGCCAUCUUGGAUCCUCAACAUUGGCCUUCCACACAGUGUGGCUUUGCCCUAUCUCUACUUCUCGGGUUCUCAGAGACCACACUGUCUGAUGGAAACCAUCAACAGCGAUCCAGAACAGCUGUUGGCCACCCUUGUCCCGCAGGUCCAGCCCACACGGGAUUGGUCAGCACAGUGGUGGAGUGCCUCCUCUCCCAGUAGCCAAAGCCAGAAACGGCUGGUUAGAUGGGACUGGAUCCAGUUCCGAGCCUAUAGAUCCUUCCAGACAUAUUCUUCAGGUGACCCUCAACUACCUCAGGUUUGAAGACCCUAAGUUAAACUGAUUAGCAUUCUAGGGACAAACCGAGGAAUCCCACUAAAUCUUGGUGAUAACCUAAAUGUCUCAAGCUUAUAACAGACUCUCAAACUUGCAGGGAUGGGGUUGUCUUUUGUUCGUUUAUGCCCCUCUUCUGUUUUUAACCUUUUCCACAGUUUUCCAUUAGAACAGUCCUAUCAGUGAAUUUCGCUUUUCACUGCGUGCCUACCUUCCCAGGGCAGGUGGCCACCAGCUCUUGUUUCCUCCCAACAGUGCUUUUGUUAUGGAAUGAAACCCUUUCUUUGUAUAAUACAUUGCAUCUGUGUUUUCAAUUUUUCCAAUAAAGAUGUCAGUCUGGCCAUGGA